GAGCCAGGCUCUGCAAUCGGAUGUAGAGAACAUCGCUCUAGCCAGGCAACAGGGUCGAUCUCGGCUCAUCCUGAGUUCCGGGUCUGAUGAUGGCGGAGAAAACUCAAAAGAGUGUGAAGAUUGCUCCUGGAGCCGUUGUGUGUGUGGAAAGUGAAAUCAGAGGAGAUGUGACCAUAGGCCCUAGGACGGUGAUCCACCCCAAAGCACGGAUUAUUGCGGAGGCCGGGCCCAUAAUUAUCGGCGAAGGUAACCUAAUAGAAGAGCAGGCCCUCAUCAUAAAUGCUCAUCCGGAUAAUAUCAUCCCAGACACUGAAGACCCAGACCCCAAGCCAAUGAUCAUUGGCACCAACAAUGUGUUUGAAGUUGGCUGUCAUUCCCAAGCCAUGAAAAUGGGAGACAAUAAUGUCAUUGAAUCAAAAGCGUACGUGGGCAGAAACGUAAUCUUGACCAGUGGUUGCAUCAUCGGGGCCUGCUGCAAUCUAAACACUUUCGAAGUCAUCCCUGAGAACACAGUGAUCUACGGUGCAGACUGCCUGCGAAGGGUGCAGACGGAGCGGCCACAGCCCCAGACACUGCAGCUGGACUUCUUGAUGAAAAUCCUGCCCAAUUACCACCACCUAAAGAAGACAAUGAAGGGAGGCUCAACUCCAGUUAAGAAUUAAGAGGUGGUCCAGAUGGUGAUCCGUCUCUGCUGGUUUUUGAAAAGACCCAGCACUUUAUGUCCUGGUGACUUUAUGUUGGACACUUGAGUUAAGGAGAGAGGUCCCAUUGUAACUUAUAUGGACUGCAUUGUUUAUCUAAUUUAUGUGGACUGUAUUGUUUCCCUGUCCUUGUUCUGGUCAUUUAUAGACUCGGUUUUUCUUUUGUGAUACAAAUAUUAGCCAUGCAUUUAUUCUGUAAAAGACUACCCAUGAUGACAUGUCAUGUUAUGUGUUUAUAUUCUAAUGUAACCAUAAUAACUAAAUAAAGGUUUAGCUACUUGCAUUAAUCUUCCAAA